AAAAAAAUAAACAAAUGUCGGACCAGCUGAUUGUCCUGCCAAAAUUUAAAAGAUUUUUGGCAAAAAAGUGUUAUUGUGCACUUUUACUGAUUGUCCUAACUCCGAGCAUUUCUUACAUAAUGAGUUCGAGUGAAAAAUUAACAACUGUGAGUUUUGAAGUGUUUGGAACAGUGCAAGGAGUGUUUUUUAGAAAGUACACAGAACAGGAAGCUAAAAGAUUGGGACUUCGGGGUUGGUGUAUGAAUACUAACCAAAAGACUGUAAAAGGAGUUUUAGAAGGAAACCCUAAUAAAAUUGCUGACAUGAAAAAUUGGCUACAAACGACUGGAAGUCCCGAGUCAAGAAUCGACAAAGCAGUUUUCACUGAUGAACGUAAUAUUGAAAAAUUUAGUUUUAAAUCAUUCACUAUCAAGCGCUAGUCUUAUAUCUGUAUUUGUUUAUAUAACAAAAAACAAUAAAUUACAGUAUUAUUGAA